AUGAGUGCCAUAUUCCUCGCAACCCCCGAAUUCUCGUCAGAGAAAGAUUAUCUAUUAUCUGGUGGCCUCGGAGGGUUGGGUCAGGCCAUUGCAAGAUGGAUGGCCGGUAACGGUGCACGAUACCUUGUGUUCCUAUCACCUAACUCGGGAACUACAGAAGCCCAUAAGGGGUUUUUCGAGGAGCUCAGAUGUAUGGGAUGCCAGCCUAUUGCGGUGCAAGGAAACGUAGCAAAUCCCGAUGAUGUGAAUAGAGCUAUUUCCCAAAGCCCUCGAAAAAUCGGCGGCGUGAUCCAGCUUGCACUGGCAUUGAAGGACUCAGUACUGCACGAAAUGUCCUACGAGGACUGGCAAUGCCUUCUAGCUCCCAAAGUCCACGGUACAUGGAACCUCCACCAAGCACUGGGUAGCACUCCUCUGGAAUUUUUCCUCAUGUUCGGCUCCAAUGCAGGCAUAUACGGAUUACCAUCCCAAGCGAACUAUGCCGCAGCAAACACAUUCCUUGUAGGAUUAGCCAAGUAUCGACACAGCCUGGGACAACCUGCAUCAGUUCUUGACCUGGGACCGAUUGCUGAGAUUGGCUAUGUGAGCCGGCAACCCAAACUGCAGCGAGACUUCGACAACCUGGGCGUACGCUAUGUGCGCGAACAGGAUCUGCUAAACGUCGUGCAUCUUCUCAUCAAACACAGCAAAGACCCUGCGCUGCUCCAGAACUUCGCAGUUCAAGAUCCACACCAUCUUUCCCUGGGAGCAAUCUAUAGCAACCCCUCCCUCCAUGACAUGUUUGGUAGCUACUCGACCUUAAAAAAUAUGGACUCCACAACCAAGACCAAGGAUGAAACGUCAGAUGAGGAAUUAACCGACUUCAUCUCCAAGAUCCACGCCAGUCCCGCGAUGCUCGAUCAGCCAGAAGCGGCAGUGUUCAUCAUUCGAAAGAUAGGCACCUCACUCAUGCCCAUGGACCUCAAACGCGGCGGUGUACCGGACUUGACGAGAUAA